UGUGGGUGUUACACAUUCAAAUAUGUACUGUAUGUUAGUGUACAUUACUGUCAGACACACACAGAACCAGAUGGAGCACAGAGAGGAGGCUGAUGGUGAAACCAGAGUUUUAUAAAGGUUCCUGCCUCUAAAAUGAGUCUCUCUGGGGAGAGAGAGGAGGGGGUUCCUGCCUCUAAAAUGAGUCUCCCUGGGGAACAUGACAUGGACACCAAAGCUAAGAGCCCAAUCCAGCAGGAGAGACCAGCCUCACCUGUACCCAGCUGUGUGUCCAUGAAGAGUGACAGGUCUAUGGAGGCACCUAUCACAUUCAGAGACAAAGACAUUACUACUAAACAGAGAGAUCAACAGAAGUCAGACCAGAGUCACCAUGACGACUUGUCUUCUAUAUUCACAGUGCUUGAGGAGACUGUCAUCAGGAAGAGCUGAAGAGGAUGAAGAGGAUUCUGAGUCUGAGUCAGAGGGACGACCAGGAAGUGGUGGACCCUGAAUAUCAGAAGCAGGAGAGCAGUGCCAGAGAGGGAGCUCUGAAGAUCACACUUCACGUCCUGAGGAACAUGAACCAGAAGGAGCUGGCUGACACUCUGGAGGAAAGAGAGCUUUCUCAUAGACUCUCACGUCAACUCAAAUCUAAACUGAAGACGAAGUUUCAGACUGUCUUUGAGGGCAUAGCUCAACAAGGAAACCCAACUCUUCUCAAUGAAAUCUACACAGACGUCUACAUCACAGAGGGUGACAGUGCAGAGGUCAAUAAAGAACAUGAGGUGAGACAGAUUGAGACAGCAUCCAGGAAAUCAGCAAGACCAGAGACAGCCAUCACAUGCAACAACAUCUUUAAACCCUUAGCUGGACGAGAUACACCUAUCAGAAUUGUUCUGACAAAAGGAGUUGCUGGCAUCGGAAAAACUGUCUCUGUGCAGAAGUUCAUCACGGACUGGGCUGAGGGACUAGCCAAUCAGAAAAUCCAGGUCAUCUUUCCUCUGCCGUUUCGAGAGCUGAAUUUGUUGGAUGGAAAAGAGUUCAGUCUGAUGGAACUUGUCCAUCACUUCUUCUCAGAAACCAGACAAUCAGGAAUCUCCAUCUAUGACAAGUACAACGUUCUGUUUGUCUUUGACGGUCUGGAUGAGUGUCGACUGCCCUUAGCCUUCAAAAAGAACAAGAGCUGGUGUGAUGUCACAGAGUCCACCUCAGUGGAUGUGCUGCUGACCAACCUGAUCAAAGGAAACCUGCUUCCCUCUGCUCUCAUCUGGAUCACCACUCGACCUGCAGCAGCCUAUCAGAUCCCUUCUGAGUGUGUUGACCUGGUGACAGAGGUACGAGGGUUCAAUGAUGCUCAGAAGGAUGAGUACAUCAUGAAGAGAUGCAGUGAUGAGAUCCUGGCCAAGAGAAUCAUCUCACACAUCAAGGCAUCAAGGACUCUCUACAUCAUGUGCCACAUUCCAGUCUUCUCCCUAAUGUGUGUGACAGUCCUGGAGCACAUGCUGAGAAUAGAGAAGAAAGAGAAGAUGCCCAAGACCCUGACUGAGAUGUACACAGCAUUCCUGGUGUUACAGACCAAACAGAAGAAGGUGAAGUAUCAUGGGAAAACUGAGUCAGAUCCACACUGGGAUGAAGAGAGCAUUAAGAGCAUUCUGUCACUGGGAAAACUGGCCUUCCACCAGCUGGACAAAGGCAACCUGAUCUUCUAUGAGAAAGACCUAACAGAGUGUGGCAUUGAUGUCAGUGAUGCCUCAGUGUACUCAGGAGUGUUCACACAGAUCUUCAGACAGGAUGGUAAAGUCUUCAAGGAGAAGGUGUUCUGCUUUGUCCAUCUGAGCUUUCAGGAGUUUCUGGCUGCUGUGUUUGUGUUUCUCUCAUUCAUCAACAACAAUGAGAAUCUGAUGUCUCAGUCCACCUCAGACACAUCUGACGUCCACCUCUACAAGUCUGCUGUGGAUAAGGCCUUGCAGAGUAGGAAUGGACACCUGGACCUUUUCCUCCGCUUCUUCCUGGGCCUCUCAAUGGAGUCCAAUCAGUCUGACUUACAAGGCCUACUGACUCAUACAAGAAGCAUCACACAGAGCCAUGAGGAAACAGUCAAGUACAUCAAGAAGAAGAUCAGAGAGAAUCCUUCUCCAGAGAGAUGCAUGAAUCUGUUCCACUGUCUGAAUGAACUGAAUGACCAUUCUCUGGUGGAGGAGAUCCAGCAGUACCUGAGCUCAGGAAGUCUCUCCAGUGAGGAGCUCUCAUCUACACAGAUGUCAGCUCUGUUCUUUGUGUUGCUGACUUCAGAAGAGAAGAUGGACGUGUUUGACCUGAAGAUAUACUUCAGAUCAGAGGAAGGUCUUCUGAGGCUGCUGCCUGUGGUCAAAGACUCCAAAACUGCUCUGCUGAAUGACUGUAACCUCUCAGAACGGUGCUGUGAAGCGCUGGCCUCAGCUCUCCCCUCCUCAGAGCUUACAGAGCUGGACUUGAGUAACAACAACCUGGGGGAUUCAGGCAUGAAGCUGCUCUCUGCUGGACUGGGGAACCCACUCUGCAAACUGGAGAAACUGAGGCUGUCAGGCUGUCACAUCACAGAGGAAGGCUGUGCUUCUCUGGGCUCAGUGCUGAAGUCAACCUCCUUCCUGAGACAACUAGAUCUAAGUAACAAUGAUCUGAAGGAUGCCGGCAUGAAGCUUCUCUCUGCUGGACUGGGGAACCCACUCUGCAAACUGGAGACACUGAGGCUGUCAGGCUGUCACAUCACAGAGGAAGGCUGUGCUUCUCUGAGCUCAGCUCUGAAGUCAACCUCCUUCCUGAGACAACUAGAUCUAAGUAACAAUGAUCUGAAGGAUGCCGGCAUGAAGCUGCUCUCUGCUGGACUGGGGAACCCACUCUGCAAACUGGAGACACUGAGGCUCUCAGUCUGUCACAUCACAGAGGAAGGCUGUGCUUCUCUGGGCUCAGUGCUGAAGUCAACCUCCUUCCUGAGACAACUAGAUCUAAGUAACAAUGAUCUGAAGGAUGCCGGCAUGAAUCUGCUCUCUGCUGGACUGGGGAACCCACUCUGCAAACUGGAGACACUGAGGCUGUCAGGCUGUCACAUUGCAGAAGAAGGCUGUGCUUCUCUGGCUUCAGCUCUGAAGACAAACCCCUCCCUUUUGAGAGAUCUGGAUCUGAGCAACAGUGACCUGAAGGAUUCAGGCAUGAAGAUGCUCUCUGCUGUACUGGAGGAUCCCCUAUGCAAACUGGAGUCACUGAGGCUGUCAUGCUGUGGGGUCACAGAGGAAGGCUGUGCUUCUCUGGCCUCAGCUCUGAGGUCAAACCCCUCCACCCUGAGAGAACUGGACCUGAGGAACAAUGACCUCCAGAUUCCAGAAAUGCAACUGCUCUCUGAUCUACAGUGGAAUCCACUCUGCAAACUGGAGACAUUGAGGGUGUCAAGCUGUAACAUCACAGAGGAAGCGUGUGCUUCUUUGGCCUCAGCUCUGAAGUCAAAGCCCUCCUCUCCGAGAGAACUGGACCUGAGUAACAAGAACCUGAGGGAAUCAGAUAUGAAGCUUCUCUCUGCUGUUUUGAGGAGUCCACUCUGGAAAUUGGAGACACUGAGGCUGUCAGGCUGUCACAUCACAGAGGAAGGCUGUGCUUCUCUGGGCUCAGUGCUGAAGUCAACCUCCUUCCUGAGACAACUAGAUCUAAGUAAUAAUGAUCUGAAGGAUGCCGGCAUGAAGCUGCUCUCUGCUGGACUGGGGAACCCACUCUGCAAACUGGAGACACUGAGGUAUGUAUUUAUGUUCUACAUGAGCCAUUAGUAAAGUUACCAUCAUCAAGUUGGGUAUAAACUUAAUGCCAAGAAUGAGAUAUGCCUUCUAGUCAUCAGUGAGGACUAGUUUGAUAAGAAACAGGCAGAUUUGCUGCAUCUGAAACACUCUAAAACAUGCUGUACAUAAUGAUUGGCUUAUAUUUUAAUUCAUGUUUUUGUUUAUUUUAGACAGAAUGAAAAUGUUGAUGCAACUGUUUCUGAAUGUGCAACAUGAUUGCAGUCUCUUUGGGUAGU